AUGAGCGAAGAGGCUAGACCGCACGACACAGGAUUUACUCAGUCUGGUAGUAAGCUCCUCCAUCCAUUUGGGAGGGCAUCUGCGAGUAACCGGGCUGCUCCUGGACGCGUCAUCGGCAAAGUCGGCAUUGACAUCACGCGAGUGCAGGGAAGGUGCCCACUUCUCCAGCAAAGGCUCGAAGCUGAAACUCCAGACAGUGGCGCUCAUGAUGGCGGCGAGCAGGAACAGGCUGAACAGCGCACCGUAGCCGGUGAAGACCAUAAGCAGCUCAGUGAGACCCGCAAGGCAGAAGAGAACCAGGUUGGUCCACGCAAUUUCUUCGGAGGUGCCCUCGUCGUGGGCGAAGCUGUUGGUGAAGCUGCCGAACUGGAAGAAGAUCCAGUCGGCCUUGGUCUGCUGGUAACGCGUCCACCACUUCAUGCUCAUGUAGAAGUAGGCGUAGAUGUACUGCACCAGCCUCAGCAUGGAGGAGAUAAGGUCAAGCGUCACUGCGGCGCUGAGGAUCUUGGAGCCAGCCCUGAAUCCGCGCACAGCCUUCGAGUUGUCGGAAACGAAGACCUGGAACAUCGCCACGUAGAAAGUUCCCAGCAAGUAGAGCGCCAUCAGAGAGGAGACGGUGAGGUGGAAGGGCCUGGAAAUCUUCACACUCUCGGGUGCGGCGUAGAGAUCGAAGACGAAGAUGCCAUUGCCGCCGAAGGCCCAGUAGAAAAUGAACAUCAACGCGAGGGCGGUGCACUGUAA